CAUGGCGCAGGCUGUGUUACGGCGCAGCACUUGCUUUCGUCUGCCUCGCGGUUGUCCACUCGCUGCUGUCGAGACGCUACAAGCACUUUCUUAUCACUCGUGAAAGUUGAUUCAUUAGGCCGUUCUGCGGUUGGUUAACCACCUUCCGGGUAACUGCUUUCCACAGCGUCUCUUUUAUGACGGCACGGCCACUGACUGCCGGCAGCAUGUGGGUAGAGCUGGGGCAUUGACUGUCGUGGCCUCCACACCUCGUCGGAACAUUCAAGCGUUUGUAGCUGCGUGCUGUCAUUUGCUCGCCGACGGAGACCGAAUUGUGCGUUGCCACUCCGCCGUGUCUUCUUCACCCCACCUUUCAUGCGGAGUAGCGCCCGUCGUGAGACGAUUUCGACCGCCUCGAGUGCUGGAGACCGUUGCGUGCCGUAUGUGCUGAAGUUUGCGAGCGCAGCAUGGUCAGGAAGAAGAAAAAGCACCAGGAAGAUCCGGCGGACGACAUCCUCGAUUCUUCAAGCGACGAAGUCGGAGAUGCAGCCGAAGGAAGUUCAACAAACUGCUCUCACCAGCGUAGCUCAGUCGGCUUGCGUCGGCUACGGCAGCAGGUGCUGCGAAAUCCGGUGCGUCUGGACGUGUGCGACGACUGUGAGGGCGGCGAGGUGCAGCUCGAGACGUGGCUUUGCCUACAGUGCGGUCAUCGAGGAUGUGGUGGCACAGCAAAGCAUGGCGUGUGUCAUUCGGAGACGCCGCACUCAGACUCGCAUGCCCUCGCACUCUCUGGUCAGACACUGCAGCUCUGGUGCUUUCCUUGCAACAACUGGGUGGAGGCCAAUCCACAGGUGACACAGAUAGUACAGAACCUGAAGAAAAAGAUGGCUUCCAGCAGCAAGAAAGCCAAAGCCACGGCAGCCCAGGCGGAAGGUGAAGAGCCGGCAGCAGAGACCAACUGCGUUGAGGGCGGAAGCGGGGACGUCAAGGAACAGAGGGUGCCUUGCGGCACCUGGACAUCAGUGAAAGGUCUCAGCAACCUUGGCAAUACCUGCUAUUUCAAUGCUGUUUCGCAGGGCCUCGGCCAGACGCCAUUGUUACAGCCGUUACUAGCCAAGAGGUGUGCUUCCAAGCUACAAUGCACGUUUGAUCCUGGUUCAACAGUAGAAGGCUCUGAAAACCCCGAGUUGGGUUCACUAAAUGUGGAGCUCCCUGGACCUGGCCCACUGACCAGUGCGCUGGCCUUGUUCCUUCAAGAGCUCCGAAUCGGAAGUCCUCAUCCGAGGGCGUUAUUCUCCAAGGUCUGCCAAGUGGCACCGCAUUUCCGAGGCCACCAACAACACGACAGCCACGAGCUUCUGCGUCAUCUGCUUGAAGGUGUGCGCACCGAAGAGGUCAAGCGACAAAAACAAGCCGUCCUGCAAGCAUUUGGACUGAGCAGCAAGGUGGACCCAAACAAGGUUGAGCCAGACACCAAGGCUAAGAUUCAGGCGUACAAGAAAGCCGUGGCUCGCACACCACUGGAUGAAAUAUUCGGCGGAAUCCUGCUCAGCACAAUUGUCUGCCAGCAGUGUGGUAAAGUGUCUCGCAGAGAAGAGCCUUUCCAGGACCUGUCCUUGCCCAUCCCGGAGGAGAAGCCACCACGUGGAAGUACAGGAGCACACAGCACACCGCGUGGCAGAGGGGCUCGCAGAAAGGCCCUGGAGGGCGGCAACAGCGCAGCAGCCAAGACGCCCAACCGAGAGGCCUUGAGCGGGGGCGGCAUCGAUCCGACGGAGGCCGACGAGGAAGACAACGGGUCACCUGGCGAGGAGCAGCUGACGGCACAGAUGUCGAGCCUCCACCUGCACGAACCAGCAGUCACCAAGGGCCCGGCCGAGGGAUCGUUGGAGGCCUGCUUGCGAAGCUUCACGGCACCAGAACUGCUUGCUGGGGCCAACGGUCUACACUGCGAGGGCUGUAAGGCAGCACGUGCAGCAGCAAGCCUGCAGCUGCAGGUGUUCGAAGCUCCCCGAGUCCUAACGCUGCACCUCAAGCGCUUCCAGCAGGGUGCCACAUUGCGGAAGGUGCAGAAGCACGUGCCAUUUCCAGUGGAGCUUGACCUAACACCGUUUUGUUGCAGAGAUGCGGAGAUGAAGGCCCCGGCGACCUACAUUCUCUACGGAGUCGUGGAACAUGCGGGCAGGAUGACCGGCGGCCACUACACAGCAUACGUGCGCGGUGCCGGUGGCAGCUGGUUCCAUGCCAGUGACAGUAGAGUGGUGCCCGCAACGCAACAGAAGGUGCUGGCCAGCCAAGCUUACCUGCUCUUUUACUGUCGUGCCGACACACUGCAAGAAUAAAGAUGCCACAAGUCUGUCUGGAAGUUUUAAGAAGAA